AAAAAAAGGCGUGGAAAGGGCUGAGUUUAGAACCGAUUGGCGAAACACAGCACAAUAGCAACAGUUUGUUCAAUGAUGGCGUUAAUGGUCGCCUCAUCAAGCUGCCUCUCGAAUAGAAGCUUCGACCUCCCUUUGAUUUCUUCUUAUGUUCCUCGCACAGCAAUCCAAUAUGUUUCUCCCUCUCCAAAUCUCACAUCAGCUAGCAAUUUCAGCAGCAUCUCAUCAUCUCGAAGAUUUGGGCUGAAAAAUGCGGGUCAGAUCACGUGUUCAGCGUCAUUCGGAUCCCGAAUGGAGGAGACUGUGAAGAAGACGGUUGGUGAAAAUCCGGUUGUUGUUUAUUCCAAAUCUUGGUGCUCGUACUGUUUGGAGGUAAAAUCAUUGUUUAAGAGGCUUGGUGUGGAACCAAUUGUUAUCGAAUUGGACCAAUUAGGUCCUCAAGGACCACAACUGCAGAAGACUUUGGAAAGGCUUACUGGACAACAUACUGUUCCUAAUGUUUUCAUAGGAGGCAAGCAUAUUGGCGGUUGUACAGAUACUGUGAAACUGCACAGAAAAGGGGAACUCGAGCCUUUGCUGUUAGAAUCUGGUGCAAAGAAGUCAGGAAAUUAGCCUCUGAUUAUAUGUUACGACUUAAAUCCAUUGAAUUAUCUGGUCAAUUCAUUACUCACGGCAUUGUGAAUUCAUGGUGCCUGAGAUAUUGGGGGUGAUGGCUAAUUGGUAAUUGAUUUUCAACUUCUUUUUGAAUUAGCAUCUAAAAGUCAAUGUUUGUACUUUGAACAAUAAUAUCUGCUUAGAAUGGCUAUUUUGAUGAUUGAUUGUCCUUCCCCUUUUCCUUGUUGACAAUCCCGAGUUCAUUUUUGUGUUUAGGAGAACAUAUUGGAAACACUUGAGGUAUUGGGAAAUGUAACGAGACACUGUAAUGUAAGUAUGUAAAGUAACAAUAAACUUGUUUAUAUUGUUACUUGAAUGUUGGAUUCUAGAUUUUUGGUAAAUUGAAAUCUCAUGACUCUAUACUUCCCUAUUGUUGGACAGACAAACCCUUGAGCUUGUACCAUGUAAAAACUUAUGAGAUGCGUCAGAAUUAGUUGUAGCUAAAACAAUAUGGAUUAGUAGUUGAUUUGCAGGGUGUCAACACAAGGGAAAAUAGCAGGACUACUUAUAGGUUAUAGCCAACUCCUUUUUCCUGCUCCUCUAAU